UAUAUACAUGUAUUUGCACACAUACAGUGAACCAUUAUUCAAGUUUCCUCAGUAAGAGAGUCCAGAAUGAAAUCGCUCAGAACCGGAAAUCCGUAAAGAUGGACCAAAUUCAACACAAAUUCAUCAACAUAGGAGGCCUCAAGCUUCACGUCGCCGAUGUCGGAACCGGUCCUAACGUUGUCGUAUUCCUGCACGGCUUCCCUGAGAUCUGGUACUCUUGGCGUUACCAGAUGAUCGCCCUUGCAGGUGCCGGCUUCAGAGCCGUUGCCCCCGAUUACAGAGGCUACGGCCUUUCUGACCCGCCGCCCGAACCCGAUAAAACCUCCUUCUCUGACAUUACCAAUGACCUACUCGGAAUGCUCGAUGCACUUGCUCUUGCUAAGGUUUUUCUCGUUGCAAAAGACUUUGGAGCUCGACCUGCAUAUUUACUUGCAGUUCUACACCCUGAAAGGGUCCUAGGUGUUAUCACAUUGGGAGUUCCAUACCGUCCUCCUGGCCCCUCUCAGUUCCACAAAUACCUUCCUGAAGGCUUCUACAUUACAAGAUGGAAGGAACCAGGAAGGGCGGAGGCUGAUUUUGGGCGAUUUGAUGUAAAGACAGUUGUGAAAAAAAUUUACAUCCUCUUCUCAAGAAGUGAGAUACCUAUAGCUGAGGAAAACCAGGAGAUUAUGGAUUUGGUAGAACCAUCAACCCCUCUUCCCCCUUGGUUUACAGAGGAAGAUCUUGCAGCAUAUGGAGCGCUGUAUGAGAGAUCUGGAUUCCCAAAUGCAUUGAAGGUUCCAUACAGGUCAGUGGUUGAAGAGUACAACUUACCAGAUCCAAUAGUGAAAGUUCCAGCACUAGUGAUUUUUGGUGAAAAGGAUUACUUUCUGAAAUUUCCAGGGAUUGAGGAUCUCAUAAAGAGUGGAAAGGCCAAAGAAUAUGCCCCCAACUUGGAAAUGACUUUCAUUCCGGAGGGAACCCACUUUGUUCAAGAGCAAUUCCCAGAACAAGUUAAUCAGCUCAUCCUUGACUUCCUUGGGAAGCACCUUUGAUUGUGGAACCAUGUUGAAAGUCUCAAGUUAAAAUUUCUAGGAGACAGAGACAUGCUUACGAAUCCUAGGAAUUUGCUAUAAAUGUUUCUGAAUAAAAUUAUGUAACAUGUAGCCCUGUGUGACAAAUAUCUAAACCAUAUAAAUUGUGUCCGUGUGUUGUGGCUGAAGUUCCAGUCA